AUGGCGGCAGUGAAAAAAAUUGACAACACUCACACAAGAAACCAAGAAAAACGAGAUGUGAUUAAUAAUGAACUCUCAUCUACAUCUAGCGAGGAAAACCAGAUCUCCGUGAAAGUUUAUAAAAAAAGGUAUAAAGACUCUACAUCAGACAACGAAAUGGACAGACGGCUCCAACGAAACCACUAUAAGUCAAUGGGGAACAUAAAUGAAGGUUUCAGGGAAGGAAAGGGAUUUAGGGGAGGGAAAAGAAGUAGCAUUAGUGUGAGUAAUGUGGAUUUGAGCCUGCACAGCGAAGAGAUUAAGAAAUUUGAUCGAUUGCAAAUACCAAUUGUUGGAUACGAAGUUAUGGAAGAACGCGCAAGAUUCACAAUAUACAAGUUAAAAGUGGAGGAUGACUCUCGGGACCAGUCAUGGCUUGUUUUUCGACGUUACACAGACUUUGUUCGCUUAUAUAACCGGAUACGAAGUGAACGACCGGAUAUCAUACUACCCCUACCAGGAAAACGUCUCUUUAGAGACAAUUUUGAGCCAGCGUUCCUCGAAGAGCGCGUACGCGGCCUACAAGCAUUUAUCAAUUCCGUCCUGAAUAAGCUACCAAACGACUCAACUGUCCGUGAGUUUUUUUGCUUAGACGAACCACCUCAGGUGUUUACCUACCAACCAGAAGUACAAGCGGUAUAUGGAGCAUUGGAAGAUUCUAUAACUACCCUCAAAAUGCAGUUAAAACAGAAAGAUGCAACAAUAAUGCAUUUACAAAAACAACUCGCUCAAAUGGAGGUUAAAGUAAAGGGGUGUCCAAACUGCUCCAAAGUACAAAUUUAG